UUCGAGUGUCGAAUAUCGAAGUUAUAUACGUGGUUAUAUACAAAAUGGCUGCUGAGAAAGACGCACAUUGUUCAGAAACCGACGAUGAAAACGAUAGCGAUAAACACGAGAGAGAAAGUGAAGGGAAUGACAACGAUGAGAAUUCGGUGACGUUGGAGGUGAAACAUGAAUCGAUUUCCCAACCUCGGCGUAAGAAAAAACGCGGUAUUAUAUACUUGUCGACGAUACCAAAAUUCAUGAAUGUCACUAAGGUUCGGGAGAUAUUUUCCGAGUACGGUGAAAUUGGCAGAGUUUAUCUUCAGCCUGAUAUACCAAAAAUUGAGGAGGGUAAGAAACAGAAAAAGAAGAAGACACCUUUCCGGCAUUUUACAGAGGGUUGGAUUGAGUUUGAAAGUAAAAAGGUGGCCAAGCAUGUUGCGGCGACACUGAACAAUAAGCAAAUAGAUACACGAAAAAAGAGCAAGUUUUACGACCUGAUGUGGAACAUAAAAUACCUGCCAAGGUUUAAGUGGAUCCACCUUAGUGAGCGUUUGGCGUAUGAGCGAGCAGUCCACAAGCAGAGAUUGAGAACUGAGAUAGCGCAAGCCAAGAGAGAAGCAAACUUCUUCUCUUACAAUGUUGACAUGAGCAAAAAAUUGAAGAGGAAACGAGAAGCUGGCGAGAAAAUGUCGAAUUUCGAAAUACCCAACAUUAAACAGAGAGACACUGAUAUGGAGAUCAGGAAGAAGAAGAAUGCAAAUAAUCAAGAACAGCCAUCAGGCGAUAGAGCUGAGUUUAUCGAAUCGCUAUUUUCAUAGUCAUUAAUAAUAUUAUCUAAAUCUACAACAAAAUCGUGUAUGU